GGCCGCGCGCGCGCGCGCCACGCACGCACACCGGACGCAACGCAACGGAAGCCGCCUGCCCCGUCUCGUCGUCGCCAUCGGGACGGCUGGGCCGCACGCUGCUCCUCGGUCCUUCGCCGCUCGUCUGCUCUGCCUGCCGCACGCGGACGCGGGUCGGCGCGGCGGAGUGGGGGUCUGGGGUCUAUGGCCGCCGCGGGUGCGGGGGCGAGCGGACCGGCGGCGGAGACAGCGGCCGCGACGUUCCGGCGGGUGUACGGCACACUCAAGGCAGAGCUUCUCAAGGACCCCUCCUUCGACUUCAACGACGACGCCAUCCAAUGGCUCGAGAGCAUGCUGGACUACAACGUGCUUGGUGGAAAAUUGAACCGUGGCUUGGCUGUUGUUGAGAGCUACAAAAUACUGAAAGCUGCUAGCGCAACAGAACCGAGCGAGGAGGAAUUGUUUCUUGCAUGCAUCCUUGGUUGGGGCAUCGAAUGGCUUCAGGCCUAUUUUCUGGUUCUUGAUGAUAUAAUGGAUAACUCACAAACUCGACGAGGAAAACCCUGUUGGUUUAGGCUUCCCAAGGUCGGCCUCAUAGCUAUAAAUGAUGGACUCGUCCUUCGCAGCCAAAUUUCAAGGAUCUUUAGGCGCUAUUUUCGUGGAAAAAGUUACUAUGUUGAUCUCCUAGAUUUAUUCAAUGAGGUUGAAAUUCAGACAACUUCAGGCCAGUUAUUAGAUCAAAUUACAACAAAUGAAGGAAGGAAAGAUCUGAACAAGUAUAAUGUACAUGUAUAUAGGCGCAUUGUGGAAUAUAAGACAGCUUACUAUUCAUUUUAUUUGCCGGUUGCAUGCGCACUGCUGUUGUUUGAUGAGAGUUUGGACAAUUAUGCUCAAGUGAAGCAUAUCCUAGUUGAGAUGGGUGUUUACUUUCAAAGCCAGGAUGAUUAUCUGGACUGUUUUGGUGAACCAGAAAUUAUUGGCAAGAUAGGAAGUGACAUUGAAGAUUUCAAGUGUUCUUGGCUAUUUGUUCAAGCACUUGAGCGCGCUGAUGAGAAACAAAAAGGAGUCUUGUUUGAAAAUUAUGGGAAAUCAGAUCCAGCUUGUGUUGCCAAAGUGAAGGAUCUAUAUAACGAACUUCAUCUCCAGCGGGUGUUUUCUGAGUAUGAAAGGGAGAGCUAUGAAAAGCUGAUCUCAGCCAUCGAAGCACAACCGAAUGAAGCAGUACGAGCGGUUCUGAAAUCUUUUCUGCACAAGAUCUACAAGAGGAGCAAGUAGAACACGGCUGAAAAAUAAGGCCAAUUUUGGCAUCUCGUGGAUUAUUCUGGUUCUUGGCUUCUUGUUGGGAUGUAUAGCAUAGGUGUGAUAGGUUUCUAACUUCUGGGACUUUGCAACGAGGAACGUGCCUGAUAAAUAAGAAAAAUAGUUUCUCAUUAUAUGUUC